CGGCAUCGGGCUGACGGUGCGAGGCGGGCCGCCUGCUAGCCAGGGGCAAGGACAGAGAACCGGUCGUCAUGACGACCACGGUGGAUGAGGUGGACGCACUGCCCGGCGCCUCGCUGCGGCUAGUGGACGGCCCGUCGCCCUGGGAGGGCCUCCAGGUCUUCCACAAGGACCACUGGCGGUCCGUUUGCACCAACUCCAGAAACUGGACGGCCGCCGACUCCAGAGUAGCGUGCCGCCAGCUGGGUCUCACCGGCGGACACUACGCCGACUGGUACCCCUGGCUCAACGGCACGCGACGACUGCUGUACGAGCGGCCCGGCUGCGACGGCUCGGAGGCGCGCGUCCAGGACUGCCGCUGGAGCAGCCGCGCCAUGGGCGCCGGCAUCUGCGAUGAGCACGCCGACCUGGCGCUGCGCUGUCUGCCGGUGUUCGAUGCCAGCCGGCCGGCCUCGCAGUGGCGCGGCGUCCGGUUCGAGCACGCCGCCCACGACAAGAUGCUCACCGCCGGCGACACGCUGUACGAGAAGUUCUCCCAGUCGAAGCUCUACCACCUGGAAGUGCUACACCGGGCAUGGGGCUCGACAGACAGGUGCAUGCGGCGAUCGAGGAGCGAGGGCGUGCCACCGCAGAUGUACGGCGUCACGGUCCGCCACUCGGCCGGCGGCGGCAUCAACAUCACGGCGCCAGACUCCUUGGUCAACAUCAACACUGCACCGUCGAACACAACGCUGGUGGACGGCACGGCCGUGGCCGACUUCUGCAGCUCGGGCACCAUCGCCCGCCAGAUCUUCCCACUCUACACCGUGGCGCAGCAGUUCAAGACCAGCCACCGACCGAUCCGGUGCCAGAAGGUACGCAACGGCAGUCGGCCGCAGAGUCUGGUGACCACCCGCAACCACCUGCUGGUCACCUUCUCCGCCCGCAACCGGACGCAGACGGAGGUGUUCAUGGCCGUCACGGGAAAACGCAACGAUCUGAACGUGUCUAGCUCGGACAUCUCUGACAACAAUGGACGCGGCAUCGCCGUGGAGAACCUGCGCUCGCUCGUGCACGUGCACAGCUCGGUCGUGUCCAACAACUCCCACGUGGCCGGCGUGCACGUGCGGGGCGGUGGCGGCGACGUCAACAUCACGUGGUCGCAGAUCACCGGCAACAACGGCGACGGCAUCAACAUCACCUACGCCGGCGGUGCGCAGAACAUCUCCUGGUGCGAGAUAGCGGACAACAGAGGGCGCGGCCUGUCACUGUGGUACAACGAGACCCGCGAGGUGGUGGCCUUCAGCCAGCAGCUCGUGUUGGCCUAUUCUAACUUCUCCGAGGAACUGGCUGCAGGCGCAACGCCCGGCAUGUACGUGGUGAACAUCGGCGCCUCUCAGUACGCGCACGACUCUGCUCAGCAGAUCCUCUUCACCAAGAACUUCUUGCAGAAGAACAACGUGUCGGAGCCGUUUCCCAGCCUGAACCCGCGUAACCGCGUGGCGGCCGUGGUCACCGUCUCCUCAGCGUCGGCCGUCGUCUACCGCAACAUCCUGGAGAAUCCCGCCUCGCGCUACGAACUGGGUGUCCACUUCGAGGACCAGAGCGCCAACGCCAACUUCUCGCACAACUGGCUCGGCUUCAAGCGCUCCAACCAGGUGUACGACCGCGUGUUCGACCGCAAGGACCGCUACAACCUGGCCAAGGCCGACUUCGAGCCGUUCCUGCUGAGCGAGAACGACCCCAACUCGAUUCCUCCUCUCGCUCAACGAGCAAUCGGCGGUGAGAUCGCCGGUCAGGUCAUCCUGCCCGACGGCACGUUCUCGGUCACCCGCGACAUCUACGUCAGGCCGGGCGCGCGCCUGACCGUGGCCUUCGGCGUGCGCCUCGAGUUUGAGCACAGCGUAGGUAUGAUGGUGGCCGGCCACCUGCACGCCGAGGGAUCCUCCAUGAGCGAGGAGAAGCGUGUCACGCUCAGUCUGCAGGAGCGUGACCAGCGGGACAACGUCAGCCUGGCGCCCGUCCGGCUGGUGGGCGGCCGCACCGAGCGCGAGGGCCGCCUGCAGGUGCUGCUGAACAACGAGUGGGGCACGGUGUGCGACCACGGCUGGAGCGUGCUGAAUGCGGCGCUGGUAUGCCGCCAGCUGGGCUGGGUUGCUGACAUCACGCUGGACUGGCGGCUGGAGCGGGCUCAGGUGCCCGCUGGCAGGGCCCUCGACUCGCGCGUCCUCUAUGAGCACGAGUCGGCUGACGAGCUGGAGCGCACGUGCCCGCACGAGGCGGACGUGGCCGCUGCGCUGCUCCGAUUGCGUGUCAGCCUGCCGUCGGCCGCCACCCGGCUCGAGCUCGACCUCUACAAACCCACCUACCUGGUGACCGAAGGCAGCCAGGACGCCACCGAGCGCGUCUUCUACGUCACGGCACUGACGUGCGGGAGGUUCGACCGACGUCGCUGCUCAGGUGGCGGCGGGCCUUGGGCAGGGUGCCGAGGCUGCGUGUCCGCAACUCGCUCAUCCGGAAGAACCGACACGGCCCUCUCGACAUUCUUCUACAACAGGUACCGCGGCGAUCAGGGCGAGCUGUUUCUGCGCAAGGCCAACGCGUCGAUCGAGCUGUACGACUCGGAGAUAUCUGGCAGCCGCGAGGAAGCCGUCUUCUUGCUGUCGCCGUACCGAGAGGAUGUGUCGCGCAACAUCUCCGAGCUGACUGUCGUCAUCAACCGCACCAGGAUCGACAACAACGGCGCCGGCGUCCGUCAGUUCGCCAGGGAUCACUGGCUGUCCAACAACCUCUUCCACUGGGUACUGGACAACAAUACCAUUACGUCCAACCGCCGUGGUGGCCUGGACCUGACGCUGCCGUUCGUGUGGCAGUACAACGAGAACUUCACCCACUCGGUCUACAUCGCCGACAACACGUUUUCCGCCAAUCGCGACUUCGAGGGCGUCAUCGGCGGCCACUUCGCGCGGCUGCAGCUGCUGCGCAACACGUUCUCGGACAACGUGUGUGCCGGGACGCGGGGCCUGCUGUCGGUGCGUGGCAUGGAGAAGGAGCUGCUGAUCGCGGGCAACACCAUGCGGCGCAACACGGGCCGGUUCAUGGUGCAGGUGGACAUCGACAGCCAGUCGGAGAUCCAGGGCCACGUCAGCGCCAGCCUCACGCGCAACGAGGUGCGCUUCAACGAGCAGCCGCUGACGGCCGCGGCGCCGUCCCUCCCGGCCAGCCACGUGAUCGAAGUGCGCGGCGUGCAGCGCGUUAACGUGACGCACAAUCUUUUCGGCCGCAACCAGAUGGAUUACGAGUUCCUGGCGGGCACGCGCUCCUCCAGUCUGGCAACCGAGCUGGUGGCCCGCCACAACUGGUGGGGCACGCGCGACCCGCACCAGAUCCGGGAGCGCAUCUUCGACUUCGACGACUGGAACAGCUACGCCAUCGCCCAGUUCAGUCAGUCCGAGAGCGAGCUGGAGCGCGAGCCGCAGCCGGACCCAGACAACCUGGGCGGCCGGAUACGGCGUAACCUGACCCUCAGGUGGCGGCCGCAGCCGUACGUGGUGCGGUCCGACAUCACCGUGCUGCCGGGCGCCACGCUGCGUCUGGAGCCGGGCGUCACGCUCGAGUUUUACCCGUCGGUCGGCCUGCUCGUGCUCGGCACGCUGCUGGCCGUCGGCGACGAGAAGCGGCGCGUCACGCUGCGCCCGCUGUCGCGCCAGGAGGUGCACUACCGCGUGGGUCGCGCCCUGGCGCAGCGCCAGCUCUGGGGACACGACGAGCGGCCGACGCGGCUGCGUCUGUGCGCCGCCGGCCGCUGCGGCGGCCACGCCGGCUUCCUCGAGCUCUUCAACGCCACCACGGUGCAGUGGGUGCCCGUGUGCGACCGGCGCUUCUCGGACCGCAACGCCGAGGUGGUCUGCCGCCAGCUGGGACGGCCCACGGUGAACGUGCAUCUGCGCCACGGCCGGCGGGCCGAGUUCCACGCCAGCUCUGUGAGCCUGGUCACUGCCUGGCCGGAGCCGCUCGAGUGCGCCGGCACCGAGGCCGAGCUGAGCGCUUGUCGACUGCGCAUGACCGGCCGGCCGCUGCACGCCGUGCCGCGCUGCCACUGGCGCGACCGCUACGUCUUCAUCGAGUGCGGCGACAGCAACGUUAACGACACGACGCAGGCCUGGGGCGGGGUGCGCUUCGCCACGCCCAGCUUCGAGGUGCAGUCGUUCUUCGAGCGGCUGCACGAUGUGGAGACGCACGGCCGCCGCCGCACCCGCCAGUCUCAGCUGCACUUCGUGGACGUGGUCGGCGCCGGCUGGCUGCACGGCGAGAAGUCGCCGGCCGUGCUCAGCGUGUUCAUGUCUCCUGACGUACGCGCCGUCACCGUCCGAAAUAGCCUGAGCGACGGCGUCACCGUGGUCAACCCCACACACUCACUGGACUUCAUGCACCUCUGGGUGCACCACAACCUGGGGAUCGGCAUGAACACCAUCAUGCUGACGGGCGAGGCGCGCAGCUCGGGCCGCAGCUCGUUCGUCCCCAUCCAGCAGGUUGCCCUGCCCUACAACCUAUUUGGCAUGGUGGACAUGUGCGAUGCGCACAAGGAGAUCCAAGUGCAGGAGAGGAUCCUGGUCUACUACAAGUACGACAACAGACCAGUGGACUGCGUCAAGAUUUUCACAUCGGCCGCCCGCAUCAAAACCUUUGGAUUUAGGCUGCUGCAGUUUAACCUGGUGAACUCGACCGACGAGCCGCUGCUGACUCCCGACUUCCUCCGACUGUACGACGGCGACAUCUACAACGUGACGUCCCGGCGACUGGCGGAGCUGACGGCCGACGCCGCCGACCCCACCGUCUUCCACACCACCAACGAGACGUCGCUGAGCGUGCAGCUGCACGCCAGCGGCGCCGGCAGCAGGCACGGCUUCAUCGCCGAGGUCGUCACGCUGCCCGUCUCCUCGAUUGGCUUUAGUCGGGACGUGCGUCACAACGUCUCCUACUCGGAGAUAUCCGACAACGAGGGCGGCGGCAUCUCCUACAUGAACGCCGGCGAGAUCAACCCGACGCUGACUCUCGAGUGGAACCGGCUGCUGCGCAACGGCCGUCGCCUCUACGGCAACUUCACCUCCAGUCGCGCCGCCGUCAACGUGGACGUGCAGAACACGCAGCACCUCUACUUCACGAACAACGUGCUGCAGCACAACCAGGGUGGCCUGCGGAUCCGCGCCGACUCCAGCGGCCUGGCCACGGCGCUCAAGGCCUACAUCUACCUCAACCUGUUCAGCGACAACGACGGCUGGUCCACGCUCUAUGUGGAGGGGCGCAAGACAUCACCGUACCAGGAGGCCAUCCUCUACUACAACUACUUCACCCGCGCCAACUGCACAUAUCAAAACGUGCUGGAAUUCGCCCAGGUGGUCGCCAACUUCAGCUACAAUCUGGUGCACAACAAUCACGGCUUCCACAUCAUGAAGGUAUCCGGCUUCGAGCGUGUCCACUUGCCCAUCUACCAGAACUUCGCGCACAACGGCUUCUUGUGGAAUCACGCCACGGAUCCGGAGGAGCGCACCACCAUCCUGGCGGGCAGCGCCGGCCAGCAGUAUGUCGACAACGUGCUGGUCAACCCGCACAACAACUACGAACUGGUCACCAUCAACCGCACGCAGCAAGAUCUUAAAAUUUCGAACUAUAGGUAUGAGGUGUGGCGCACCCCACUGGACGCCCGCCACAACUGGUGGGGCUACAACGAGUCGCUAGCCAUCCAGGGACGCAUCAAGGACAAGCUGGACGGCCAGGGCUUGCUGGAAGUCGACUUCAGCAACUUCCACAUGAACAACAGAUCCCUGCUGAGCGGCAAGUGUCCGCCCGGCUGGACUCUGGUCGAUACCACCUGCUUCAUGUACAUGCCGGCACCCCUGAACUUCAGCGAAGCCAAGCAGUUCUGUCUGGACGACAACGCGUCGAUGCCGUACCUGCGGACCGACUACGAUCAGCUGGUGCGCUACAUCCGAGGCCGCCAGGAGCGCUACAACUGGCGGCUGGACCGCGUCUGGGUGCAGCACCUGGACAUAGUCAGCGGCUGCAGCUACUUCGUGCAGCGGCGCGUCGUCACUGGACGCUGUGACCUCCAGCUGCCCUUCCUCUGCGAAAUGGACCCGCGCGUGCACGCCGACCCGCUGUCGUGGACGCGCGACGACGUGGUGAUUGGCGUGCUGGGCGCCGGCGCGGCGGCCCUGCUCUUCCUGCUCGUCAUCCUGGUGCUGUGGGUGGCCAAGUCGCGGCACCGGCACCGUGAGAAGCUGCAGCGCCGCAACAGCAUCCGCAGCAGCGUGCGCAGCACCCGCUCGCUGGCCAGCAGCUUCUCGGACGUGUCCGGCGGCACCGGCUACCGGCGACGGCCGAACCCGAACCCGAUGCCAGACGGCGCCACCGGCGGUAGUAUCGACUCCAUCACCAAGCCGUCGUUCGACGAGACGCACUCGACGACAACUUUUGACGACCGCUUUGCUCAUGACCCGCGUCUGGAGAACGCCAACGUAGACGCGAUGGUGCACCCCACUUUCGACAUGGGCUACGAGAAUCGCGGCUACCUGGACCGAUCUACCUUCACGUCGCGGGGUUCGUCCCCGUGGGAAGCGGCGGGCGCCGGCGCCGCCGUCGAGCUGGAGCCCCGCAAAGCCCACCCGGCGGCCGACGAUUCGGGCGGCAGUGACUCGACGCUGGAGCUGAAGCGCCCGUUCGGCGACGAGGACGCUGGCUCGGACACGAUCCCCGUGUACCAGGGCGUAGCGGCGCAGCCGACGCCGUCGCCAGGUGGUGUGCAGGUGGCCCGCUCGGCCGACCCCUUCCCGCGUAGCCCCAGUGUGGCGUCCGACGACUAUUUCCAGCAGGGCCGCACGCGCUCCCAGCCGCUCGAGACGGCCAUGUGAGCGGGGGCGCCCCCCGCCGGUCGCACCACCGAAGGCUAGCUGGCUGACUGGACAGCAGACCGGCCGCUCCGGCUGACCAGGCGGCAGACCGGCCGCUCCGGCCAGUGGCGGGCGUCCAGUGAACGGACGCCCGGCCUGAUCUGUGAUAUGUUUAUACUGGCGCUGCAGCAUCACACGUCGGAUCGGAAGCGGCCGGUGCAUUUGCGUGAGGUUAUUUGGCGGCGCUAUCCUCUACGCCUCAUCACUGCCCAGUAUCGACGCUGGCGGUAUCCGCCGCCUCACUGCUGAGAAGGGGGGUGCACUGCUGCAGCGUGCUCCUUGCGGUCCCAAGUGCUAGAUAUGUUGCCCCCGUCUCAGAAUCGUGGACGUAUGUGUGAGACACGUGUGAAUAUUUGAAAAUCACGUCAUACUGAAGCGUAUAUUGUGCAUAUUUUUAAAGAGGGCGAGUGGGCUCCAGUGUUCCAAUGUUUAUAUCAUGCUACAUCACGAAUAUGGUAUGCAUUGAUCAUCAACCAUUCCACUCAUCACGAUUCCGUCCAUAUUAAGCGAGAGGCAGGGUUGUAUUUAAAAGUGGAUCACAAAUAAAGUGUUAUCAUGGGAAAUGGUUGCGCACAGCAGCAAACAUUGCCUCGGGAGUUUAUCGACCGUGAAACAAACUUUCGCGGCAGUUGUGUAAUAUCUAAAGGGCGAAUGGUAUCUCUGCCCUGAUGUGAAGCGUGCCUUCCAGGCUUCGCGUCUGUCUUUUCGCUUCGUUUCACCGAUAUUCCUCAUCAAAGUGUGUGCUCGACCCGUCUCAACCGUGCGACUGGUCCCCAGCGCUGAGAUCCUAGCCUCGGUCAGCUGGGUCACUGGCCUCCAGCGGCUGGAGUUUAGCCCCAAGCCGUGUCAAUGACGCGGCCUUCACCGUUGGUAGGUGACGGUAUCGCUGUCUGCCUCUGGCGUUUGCAUCUGUCUCCGCGCCCGCGUACUGUCUAGUCAUAAAGGACAGCGGAGGGUGGCGCCCACAGCCGCCAGAUGCGUGCAACUUUGUUUACAGGGCGCAGGUGGACAUGUUGUGGUGGCACACGUUUUCUA